AGACUUUUUCAUUCGACGCUACUCGCGUAUAAUGCUCGUGUUAUUAAGUCUUAUCAGUGACGGUAAUGCACUUAACGUUAUCUUGUCAUCAAUACUAUAAUAAGCUCUAUAUAGUGUAGAACUUUCAAAUUCGACAGGUGUUUUAACAGCUGUUCCAUUUGAUGCUCCCACUAUCGCAAAUCAUACCAGACCUUGAAAAAUCAACAUAUGCUUUUUUUCGCUAUAGGACUAACUAAUUUCUCGAUUUGCGUUUUUGGUUCUUGAAAAAUCAGAUAAGUUUGUUUAGGUAGCGAGUUGGCAUAAAACAAACAUUGCUUUACUUAUCAAUACUCGAAUAUCUGCCUUUAUAAUAAAACAGUCAAAGUUCAUCACCUUACCAGCUGAAUUUGUGCUUUAUGCAAAAAACGUGGAACUUAUCAGUACUGAUAGGGUGUAAUCUCUAAGUAUAUAAAGAAUAUAAGCAGCAAAAACUGACUCAGAAAGAACUGUUUCACAAUCGACUCUAAUUCAUUAAGAAGUCCUUUUCUUCACUCGAAAGUCAAGAUGUCUAAUACAAUUGCUGUGGUUGGAUCUUGCAUGAUUGACUUCAUCACAUAUUCAUCUCGUUUGCCAAAAAUUGGAGAAACUUUAAUUGGAAACAAGUAUGAGCAAGGGUUUGGUGGAAAAGGAGCAAAUCAAUGUGUGACUGCAGCUAGACUGGGAGCAUCCACAGUAUUUGUUACUUCAUUGGGAUCAGAUUCACUUGGAAAAGAAUAUUUAGAGAAACUAAAAACAGAGAAUGUUGAUGUUACUCAUGUAAAAUUACAAAAUAAUAUUCAUUCUGGUAUUGCUCAAAUCAUAGUUACAGAAACAGGAGAAAAUGUGAUAGUGAUUGUCCCGGGAGCCAAUGCACUCUUAUCUCCAAAAGACGUAGUGGAGGCCAAGGAGAAAAUUCAAGCUGCAUCUGUACUCGUUUGUCAGUUUGAAGCAUCAUUAGAAGCUACAUUAGAAGCAUUAAAACUAUACAAAGGACAUGGUAUAUCAAUUGUUAAUGGUGCACCAGCUGUGAAAAGUGUCCAUCCAGAUAUUUUAAAAUUAGCUGACAUAUUUUGUGUCAACGAAACAGAAGCAGAACUUAUAACUGGAAUAGAUCACUUGAUGUUGAAGAAUGCUCAAGAUGCUGUGGACAAAUUGUUCUCCCUAGGCUGCAAUACAGUUAUUAUUACAUUUGGAGCCCAAGGAGCCAUUCAUGCAUCUCAGAGCCAGAAGAAAUUUGUACAUACACCAGCGGAGGUUGUAAAGGCUGUUGAUACUACUGGAGCUGGAGAUGCUUUCAUAGGAGCACUUGCUUACUUCUUAGCAUACCACAAAGAUCUUCCAUUAGAAGAGUCCAUAAAAAGGGCAAAUAAAAUAGCCGCACAGAGUGUUUUGAAAUCAGGAACACAAACCAGUUUGCCGUACAGGAAGGAUAUUCCAGCUACACUUUUUGAAUGAUUUUGAGAAGAUUAGAGAGGUGCAAUUGUUAAGUACCAAAGAAUCAAGAUCUAUUUUUGUAAAAUGUUGAUAGAGUACAAAUUUUAAAGAAGUUUUCUUAUUUAAGAUGACUUAAUUUUAUGCAAAUAUUUUUAUUUGCUUAAGUGUGCUUUUUUGGUACUUACUAGUGGAAAAAGUUAUGCAAUAACUCCAUUAUUUUUUGAAUAUUUCAAAAAUUUUUUUUGAUAAAUAACGAUAUUUAUUUACAAAAGUUUUACAUAUAAAAUAUUUGAAAUCUCAACUUUUGAAUGUGCCUUAUUUACAAUGGUUCUUACUGAAUGUACUUUUUUAUAUCUUUGAAAAAUCUUUGAUACAUUUUAAUACAAUA